AAGCCUCCCCUCCCAGUGUGCGCACCCUCCCACAUCUCCAUGCACUCGCACCCUCUUGUGGACACCCACAGCCCCGUGAGAGGUCACGCACGCACCCACCGUGCCCCCAGCCCCCCGUGGUGUGCAGGAGGUCAAUGCUGUGCCACCCCCACUGUGGGGCGAUGGGGACAAGGGGACGUGAGCGCCCUGCCCCUGCCCUGGGUGCUGGCACCGCACGAGCUGGCAGCGCUCGCGAAGGCGGCGAUUUCCCGAGCGGCACGUGAGGACGAGCCACCAACCAGCCCCGGUGACGGCCACCACCGCAGGGGAGGAAGGACCCAGGGCCGUCAGUCCCGGAGGAGCCCAGCCGACCGCUGGAGGAGCCCCACCGCCAUGGUGCCGCCGGGCCAGAUCCUGCCGCCACUACUGCUACUGCUGCUGGUGGUGCUGUGCAGCCCCGCCACGCCUUGCCCCCUGCAGCCCAACGCCACCCGCUUCGUCUGCACCGAGCCCACCCUGCGCAGCUUCCCCGGGGGGCUGCCCCCCAGCACCCUGGCCGUCUCGGUGGAGUUCACCUCCGUGACCACCCUGGCCCCCGACGCCCUGGCGGGGCUGCCGGAGCUGCAGGAGCUGCACCUUGCCUCCAACCUGCUGGCCACCCUGCCCGAGGAGCUGCUGUGGCCCGUGCCCGCCCUGCGCGUCCUCGACCUGACGGACAACGCGCUGGCCGAGCUGCCCGCCGGCCUCUUCCAGCGCUCCGACCUCCUGCAGCACCUGGUGCUGCGGGGGAACCGCCUGCGGGCACUGCAGCCCGCCUGGUUCGGGCGCCUGGCCCGCCUGCGCUGGCUCGACCUGGGGGCCAACGCGCUGGCGGAGGUGCCGCCGGAGGUUUUCCGCCCGCUGGUGUCCCUGCACAGCCUGGACCUGUCCCACAACCGCCUGGAGGGCCUGGACGCGGGCGCGCUGGCCGGGCUGCGGGAGCUCGAGCGGCUCGACCUGGAGGGGAACCGGCUCCGCGCGCUGCCCCCCGACGCCUUUGCGCCCGUGCCCGCCCUGCGCCUGCUUUUCCUGCAGGGCAACGAGCUGCGGGCGCUGCCCGCCGGCCUCUUUGCCCCCCUGAGCCACCUCCACGUCCUCGACCUGGCGCACAACCGGCUGCGGGCCCUGGAGCUGCCCCCGCGCCCCCCCGGCCCCCUGCUGUCCCUCGACAUCUCGGGUAACCCCUGGGCCUGCGAGUGCCUGCUGCUGGAGCUCCUGCGGCACGCGGCCCCACAGCUCGUCGCCGCUCGCGGCACCCUCUGCGCCAGCCCCCCGCACCACCAGGGACAGGAGGUGGCCGCCCUGAGCCAGGCUGGGGACGCAGGAUGCCAGCCCGACGAGGAAGGGCAGAGCCUGCCGGACCCCUAGGUAGGGGGAUUGGGGUCACCCAGGUGCCCGCCUGUGUCCCCUCCUGGGUCCUGCCCUGACGCUGCAUCCCCAGCUGAGCCGAGUUCUCCUGGGGAAACUGAGGCAGGGAGAGCAGGGGUGCGGCUGUCCCUAUCCCCAUGCCCCCCGUUCCCAUCCCACCACCUCCAUCCCAAUGGUCCCCAGCCCCGUCCCACCUGUCCCGUGUCCCUGUCCCCAUCCCGCUCCACAAGAGUGCAUUAAACAGAGACCACGAGACGA